GACGCUGGGCCGGGGUGGUGCCCAGCACCCCUGGCAACGCGCUCCAGCUUGUCCCAAACAGCCGACGAGCCAUGGGCACGCACGGACGCCUCACCUUCCUCCUCCUCCUCCUCCUCAGCCUCCGUGCCCCAGGGACUUUCGUCAGAGCAGCAGCCCUGCCUGACCUGCCACGCGUGGUGGUCCUGAGCGAGGAUGCGGUGCCGGGCACCUGCGUGGCCAAGCUGACCGUGUCCUGCAGCAACGUGAGCGGCAGCCCCAAUGUCACCCUGCACGGCAUCGAGCCCGGCCACCCCUUCAACCCCAUCGCCAUCAGCGCUGACCCCGUGGCCCCCGCCACAUUUCAGGCAGAGGUGACGCUGCGUGCCGGUGUGGAGCUCGAUGCCCGUCAGGUGAACCAGUACACCCUGACCCUGCGGGCCGCUUGUCCCGGCGAGGACGAGGUAGAAGAGCGGCUCUUCGUCCAGGUGACAGCAGGGCAGGCGCUGCGCUGUGACACCCCCUUCGCCACCGCAGGUGGAGACGUGGUGCAGGUGCUGGCGGACGUGGCACCCCGGACGCCCCUGUAUGCGGUGCUGCCGCAGCCACUUGGGCUGACAUUCAGGCUCCGAAACCAUGACACACCACUCACGCUCACCCGCCGGGGCCUGGUGCUGGCGCCUGUCGGUGGCUUCGACCCCAGCAAUGACACUCAGAUUUUCAGGCUGGAGAUCGAGGCGAUGGACCGCCACGGGCACAACUGCAGCGGGACCGUGAGGGUGGAGGUGCUGCCAUCACACCGUCCCCGUGUCGCCUUCCCCGAGCCGCAGUGGGCCGUGACGGUGCCGGAGGGCACCGGCCCCUUGGAGGUGGUCACACGGGUUCAUGCCAGCGGUGACAACGUCCACUACGCCAUUCUCGCUCCUGUGGCACCCAGACUCUUCACCAUCGAUGAGGUGACGGGUGAGAUCCGCAGCACCCGCCGGCUGGAGGUGGGCCAUGCACUCCUCCUCGUCCGGGCUUACAAUGCGCUGCACCCCGCCGACCACGCCACCGCCACGCUCAAUGUCACCGUGCAGGGGACAGACCGGCGGGCACCGAGCUGCGUCCCAGCCAUCUCUGUGUCCCAGGUGCCUGAGACAGUGUCCCCUGGCAGCACCCUGGUGACACUGAGGUGCGCCGACUCCGCCAGCACCGCGGGGUGGCUGCACUAUGCCCUUGAGGGGCCCCCCGCCUCCCACUCCCGCUUCCGCAUGGAGGGGCCGCGGCUGCAGGUCAACACCACCCUGGACUAUGACUCGGAGGCCGUGGCCGCUGUGGGCUUCCAGUUCACGGCCACCAUCGUUGUGACGACAGGAGGGGAGCCCCCACUGAGCACCCGCGUGCCCGUGCUCGUGAUGGUGACGCCCGUCAACGAAUUCACACCGGUGUGCCCCAACGGUGCCACCUUCACCGUGCCGGAGACGGCGGCUUUUGGCAGCGCUGUCGGGCGUGUGGCCGGCACCGACCGCGACUACCCACCAGACAGCCUCGAGUACAGCCUGGAGGGGGCCCCCAGCCCCGCGCAGCCUUUCUCCAUUGACACGCGCACCGGCGAGAUCCGUGUGGUAGGAGCCCUCGACUCUGAGCAGCACAAGAGCUACAGGCUGACCGUGCGGCUGACGGACAUCCACAACGACCUGGACCCAGCAAAGCGGCGGAGCCGCCUGUGCGAUGUGACUGUGCACCUGCAGGCCGUGCCGGACCAGGCGCCAGUGUGCACCCCUGAGGUGCAGGAGCUGCGGAUCACGGCCAGGUCGGGCGGCCGCCAGUCUGUCACCCGCCUGGCAUGCCAGAGCAGCCCCAACGGUGCCGUGCUGUCAUACACCAUCACUGGAGGCAACGAGGACGGGCGCUUUCAGCUGGAGGGAAACACCCUCUUCUACCUCCCCGAUGACCUGGCCGAGCCCCGCACUUUUGUGCUGCUGGUGGAGGUACGGGGAGGCCCCGGUGCCCCCCGCCGCAGCACCACGGUGGCACUGGUGGUGCAUGUCACCCCCCGGAGCACCCCAGUGCCACCCAGCACCACCACCCUGUGCACGACGCUGCGGAAGGAGCCGCUGGUUGUUGUGCGGACAGAGGCGGUGUGGCACCCGCCGGCCUGGUUCGUGGCCGUGCUGACUGUCUCCGGCGCCCUGCUGCUGGCCGCCCUGGGCUGCAUGGCCCGGACCCUGCUGUGCAGCAACCGAGACUCUGGCAAGCUGCUCCUGGACAAGAGCUCCUGGGACGUGGCAGAGCAGAGCGGGGGUGAGGAGGAGCGGGGCCACCCCCACGCCGGCAGCCUGGAGCAGUUCGACGGCCGUGCCCAGGACCCGCGCACUGGCAGGGACUAUCUCUUCAACAGCGUGACUGGGGCACGGCGCUGGAUCUGAGUGGCUUGACUCAGUGAGGGGAUCCCCGUGACCCACAGCUCCCUGUGGGCCGUGCCGGGCAAAGCACCGGGUGCCAGCAGCACUGGUGCAGCCCUCGGACCUGGGAGGAGGAGGGGAACCCUCCUCUGUGGAUGAACUCGCCACCCAUGGGGUGCAGCCAGCCCCUGAGCUGCCCCAGCCAGCACAGACCCAAUAAAUGGUGGCAGAGAUUG